CACAGCGUAGAGGAUAGGUCGCAGUAGCUCUUCGUCGUCGUUGGCCAGCCAGAUCUACCACCGCCAGUGCCAAGAACUUCCGUUGCUCAAAUUAACGAACACAGAACGGUCCCAUUUGAAAUAUUCUCAUUCAUGUUCGCCAUCGUGCGAGAUUCGAGUGCUAAAGUGCGUAAAGUGCGCAGCAGGCCGCGUAGCAGCUGUUUACAUUGUUGAUACGUCACUGGAAAAUCUUCGUGCCAGCGUGUCUCCUUUUACAGCUCCUUUUGCACGCAGUGACGCAGUUGGGUGCGCGCACACAUUAUUGACACGUAGCGGGUCGCGAGUUCGGAUUUUCCAGUCGACGAGUGGUGCGAAGGAAAAGCCAGCGCCAUUACGUUGUAAACAAAGCCCGUGGUCCGUUGCAAAGGUGCGUCGCUGCCAGGGUGUGCGUGCCGCUCUUUUGUCUCCGGUCCGGGGCCGUGUAGUGGUAGUAGUGGCAGUGGUGCGUCCGCUGGUUGCAGCGCAGUUCGCGACGCGAGCAGUGGCUUUUUGCGAAAGUGACCGCGGCUGGAGCGCGCACGCGUUUGAACGAGAUCGAUAGCGUGGAGUGACCGCGAGUGAGCGAACGAGAGCGCGCGACAAGAACCUGUUUGUUGCCCGCCGCUUUGGGCGCCGUUUCGGACCAACGAAAGGUGUACGUGACCGAGCCCACACAGCCCGCACCAGGAAAGGGAACUAGUAUUGUGGAUGCAUUAAACAAAAAAAAACAACGCAUUAGAUUGAAAACAUAAAUAUCAUUCGAUAGCUGCUCUGUGUGUGCGCGCGAUAUUCUGGUCGGUUUCGGUAGUGUGCGCGCCUGCUUUAUUUAUUAAACCGUUCGACGAGGUUUUUAUUGUUCAUCCCAUUCCGGUUCGCUCCGGUGAGAGCACUUCGGGUGAGAAGUGACAGUGAGAGAAGGAGCGUGAGCGUGAGUGAGUGAGGAGUCGCGAGCCGACGUUGGUUGGGCGUUCUUUGUUUACAAAACACUGCUGCUGCUUCGCGGUUGAAGUGGUUCGCGUUCUCCGCAACCCAACUCCGUGUGGUUGCGUGGCGACAGACGAAAAGGGAAAUUUUGCUUCCAACAUUCCGAGGCCACCCCGUGAAUCGAGUGUGCAACGUGAACGGCGGCAACAGCAGCAUUAUGUUCCGCACGAUUAAUUUGUCGGGCGACAAGAAAGGGCCGGCGCUCGCGGCCAGCAAGGCAAUGGCGUCCACCCCAAUGCAACUGAUGAAGAUGGGCACGGAGGAGCUGGGCGAAUCGUGGAUCGAGCUAUCGUCGAGCACGAGCCAAGGGGCCGGUCCGACGGCCGCCGCCGCCGCCAACCAGAGUAAUCCUCUCGUCGCGAGCACCGUGGGAGGCAGCAUCGCGAACCGCACCCCUCCGGAGCUGUGCGCCAAGAGCCCGGACCGGACGACGCCACCACUACCGUUCGCCUCGGUGGAGGAGUACAUAAGACUGCUGCGGGAGGCUCAGCGAGAGUCGAAGGAAUCGAGCCGAGUCGCGUCGCUGACGAGUUCGCGCAAAAACUCACCCCGCGGUAGCCCCAAGUCGCCGCCGAACAGCCCGAACAAUGAGCUGGCCGCCACCGAGGAAGAUCUCAAAAAUGUUUACAUCAACUAUGUCAACAAGGAUGGUGACAUUGUGAAGGAUACAGACUGGGUGUGGGAUUGGAGCAGUAGACCAGACCAGCAGCCACCUAAAGACUGGAAAUUUGAACAUCCCAAAAAGCCAGGCCAAGAAGAAUGCACCAAAACCAGCCACGCCGGUUACUCGAUAAGGCAGGUCCGGGUAGGGAAAAAUUCCCUGUUUUCGCGGGAGUUUCUGUACUCGAUCGUAGUAACGAACAUACUAUCGCUCCUGCUGGGAGCAGGUAUUGGCGCCUGGCUGCAGAAACGAGGAUUGAUUCUGACCCGCAUCUCGAUUGAAUAAAGACGACACUUGCGUGGUCCGCGAGCGGUACCGCUGUCUAAUCUUGAUCCCCAGGACUCCACGGCAUACACACGGCCCUUCUCGAUUCACUUUACGGCAUCGUUCAUCUGCUCUAAAAGCGCGUUUUAGAGUUUCUGACGCUGCGAUUGUCGGCAAUUUGCCGUAGGGCAUUUAUCUUGUAGCGUGCAAAGAAAAAACGUACAUUUAAAAGAUUGUUUUUAGCGAAACGGCGUAACGUAAUUGAAAGUUAGGAAUUAUGGUUGAGUUAGUGACACUUUCCGAGCACACGGUAGAUUGUUUGCAGUAGAUUCAUUUUGGCAAAAAAGUGUGAUCAUAUCCAAGCAGAUUGGAAAACAGCAGAGAAAUCUAUAGAAGCGCAAACAUAUUCGGAAGAUUGUCGGGAGGUUCCCAUUGUAGCACACACUAAUAACGGUCCAAUUGGAAGUUAGUUGCUUAUUUUCCACUCUUUUUGAGUUUUCCCAGCUGUCGAUAAGGUUUUCAUUAGCUAAGAGAGACUGUGCAGGAAUCAAUCGUCACUCGAAUGCCGAGUGAGAGAAGCGGUGGUGUGUACGGAUGGACAGGGACGGACAAUUUUUGUGCAAACGAAGGGAACAGAGAUUAGAUUUCGUGUGAUUUCUUUCCUAUCGGAGAUGCGACGAUGGGAAGAUGGAAACGAUCAGGGAGAAAAGUAGAGGAAAAACGAAGCAAGUUUAUUCCAUUUUUCUAUAAACACAUAAACAGACAGUUUUUCAUUAUGUCUGAAGGAAUCCAAAAAAAAACACAACAAAUCAAGAACUGCAAGUCCAGAUGUAGGGAGACGAUGUAUUCUGAAUGAGCAACGUUUCACGACGAGAUUAUUAAUGCGCAAUGAAAGUUUUGUUUGAUGUAGUGAUA